CAGCUGGUUUGUACUGGUCCGUUUUAAUAGCUGAAGACUUGACCUCCUCAUUUCUUCCCGUCACCCCCACUCCUGUAACGUUACUUCUCCCAGCCAUGUCUGAGAUGCCGGAUCCGAUCAAGAACCCAGAGAUACAGUUCACAAAGAUUUUCAUCAACAAUGAAUAUGUUGAUUCCGUGAGCGGGAAAACUUUUCCUGUCUACAACCCUGCCACUGAGGAGAAGGUGGCUGACGUGCAGGAGGGAGACAAGGCAGAUGUGGACAAGGCUGUUGCCGCAGCCCGGGCGGCGUUCAAACUCGGCUCCCCCUGGCGGACCAUGGAUGCAUCGCAGCGCGGCAGGCUUAUGCAGAAGCUGGCAGAUCUGAUCGAGAGGGACAGGGUCUACCUGGCUAGCCUGGAGGUGGUAGACAACGGGAAGCCGUUUGCGGAUGCCUACGAUGCCGACCUUGGGGAGGUCAUCAAUGUCAUCAGGUACUACGCUGGAUGGUGCGACAAGAUCUGCGGAAAAACUAUCCCAGCAGAUGGUCCUAUGUUCUGCUACACCAGACACGAGCCAGUCGGCGUGUGUGGACAGAUCAUCCCUUGGAACUACCCCCUGUCGAUGUUCACCUGGAAGAUCGGCCCUGCCCUGGCGUGCGGGAACACCAUCGUGAUGAAGCCUGCCGAGCAGACGCCCCUGUCAGCGCUCUACAUGGGAAAACUCUUCAUGGAGGCUGGUUUCCCCCCGGGUGUGGUCAACGUUGUCCCCGGUUACGGCCCGACCGCGGGAGCAGCCAUCGCUGAACACAUGGAUGUGGACAAGGUCGCCUUCACUGGGUCCACUGAGAUCGGCAGGAUUGUACAGCAGGCUGCAGGAAAGAGUAACCUGAAGCGCGUCACCCUUGAGCUCGGAGGAAAGAGUCCAGUCAUCGUGUUUGCAGACUCAGACAUUGACUUUGCUGUGGCUAACUGCCACCACGCCCUGUUCUGGAACAUGGGGCAGAACUGCUGCGCCGGCUCGCGCACCUUCGUGGAGGAGGCCAUCUAUGACGAGUUCGUGAAGAGGAGCAUCGAGCGGGCGAAGAACAGGAAAGUCGGUGACGGCUUCCAGUCUGGUGUGGAGCAGGGUCCACAGGUUAACCAGGAGCAGUUUGAAAAGAUCCUGGGUCUGAUCGAGUCGGGGAAGCAGGAGGGGGCCAAGCUGGGGUGCGGGGGGAAGCGCACCGGCGAGAAGGGGUACUUCGUGGAACCCACCGUGUUCUACGAUGUCAAGGACGAGAUGAAGAUCGCUCAGGAAGAGAUCUUUGGACCAGUGCAGAGCAUCAUCAAGUUCAAGUCCAUCGAUGAGGCCAUUGACCGAGCCAACAACACAACGUACGGCCUGGCGGCCGGUGUGUUCACUAAGGACAUCGACAAGGCCCUGACUAUCGCCAACAGUGUGCAGGCUGGGUCUGUCUGGGUGAAUUGCUACGACCCUGGGCUGAUCCAGGCGCCAUUUGGUGGAUUUAAGAUGUCCGGCAACGGCCGUGAACUGGGAGAAUAUGCUCUGCACGAGUACACGGAGGUGAAAACGGUAAGUCAGCUUUCAAUUAUAAGGAACCUUUAUAUCUGCCCAAAGUCGACCAUUUUGGACUGAAAGAUAAAGGUGAAGCAGGUAAUAUUUGACA